AUGCCUUCAGACGACUACACCGCCGUCGGCGGCGGUGGCGCGCUGAGGAUGAAGGGCGCCAAGGUGCAGAAGAAGAAGAAGAAGAAGGACAAGAGCGCCCUCGGCAAGGGUCUCCUCGACUCCGCAGAAAAAGCCAUGGUUAAGCAAGGCGAUGGCAAGAGCGACAAGAGGCCAACAAGCGAGGACAGAGAGGCAGACGAGGAUGAUUGCGCUGCGCCCGUUCCUCAAAAAACGGAAUCCGAACGUCGGUACGAAGAGGUGAAGAGGAAGCGCCUCCUCGACAUGACCAAAAGCUCCGGCUCGCGGCCCGAACUUCUCAAGACGCAUAAAGAACGGGUCGAACAGCUGAAUACGUAUCUUUCGAAAUUGAGCGAGCACCACGACAUGCCCAAGAUCGGGCCUGGCUAG